AUGAAAGUAUCAAUUCCACGAUAUGAUCUCGCAGCAUUGUGGGAUAAACAUUGCGAACAUGAAUUUAAUAGACGUGAUGUUGCUGCUACAAUGUUAACGAUGGUAUCAGAUCCUUAUGUUAAUCAUAUUCCAACAAUGACAGGUGGUGUUGGUGCGAAAGAUUUAUCACGUUUUUAUGAACAUCAUUUUCUUAAUAAUAAUCCAGAUGAUACAAAAAUAAUUCCAAUCUCACGUGUAGUUGGAACGGAUCGUGUUGUAGAUGAAAUGUUAUUCUGUUUUACUCAUGAUCGUGAAAUUGAUUGGAUGUUACGUAAUAUUUCACCUACUGGUAAAUAUGUUAAGAUACCAUUAGUUGCUAUUGUUACUUUUCAUGAUGGAAAAAUUUGUAAUGAACAUAUCUAUUGGGAUCAAGCUUCAGUAUUGGUACAAAUAGGUCUUUUGAAUAAUACAAAUUUACCAGUAGCUGGUGUUGAAACAGCUAACAAAUUGAUCGAUAAAAAUCUUCCUUCAAAUACUCUCAUGAAACGUUGGAUAGAAACAGGUAGAUCAAUCAAACAUGCUGAACAAUUUUGUAAAACAAUAGAUAAAAAUGUAGCAAAAAUAUUACCAUUAUAUUUUGAUCGAAAUGAUUUAGAAAUUGAAAAACGUUUAAAAUCAAUUCAAUCUGAUAUAGUUAUUGAUGCUACUGGUCCAUUUCAAUUCUAUGGUAAUGAUCCAUAUCAUGUUGUUAAAGCAUGUUUAGCAACAUCAACUAAUUAUAUGGAUUUAGCUGAUGGAACACAAUUUGUUAAAGAUAUUAGUCAAUUUGAUAGUCAAGCUAAAUCUAAAAAUUUAUUUCUACUUUCUGGUGUUAGUACAUGUCCUGUAUUAACAGCAACUGUCGUUCGAUCUUUGACAAAAGGAUUGCAUGAAAUACAUUCAAUUAAAGGUGGUAUUGCACCAUCACCAUACGUUAAUAUUGGUCCAAAUGUAAUACGCGCAAUUACAAGUUAUGCAGGCCAACCAAUGUCUGUAGUUCGUCAUCGUCAAUUAACUGUUCGUUAUGGUUUGACAGAAACUAUGCGAUAUACAAUAAGUCCACCAGGUUAUUUACCAUUAAAGAAUCGUCGUUUUUCAUUAGUAGAUGUACCUGAUUAUCAAAUUUUAAGAGAUUUAUGGCCAAAUAUUAAUUCAAUAUGGUUUGGUGCAGGAACAAUACCAGAAAGUUUACAUCGUUUACUAAAUUAUUUUGCAUGGUUAGUUCGAUUACGAUUAUUUCCUAAUUUAUCUUCAUUCUCAUCAAUUAUUCAACAAGUAAUGAAUAUCAUACGUUGGGGUGAACAUCGUGGUGGUAUGUUUAUAUCAAUUGAAGGUACUAAUAAUCAAGGUCAUACAUGUGAACGAUCAUGGCAUUUAAUAGCAGAAGGUGAUAUUGGUCCAUUCAUUCCUACACUAGGUAUUGAUGCUAUUAUUCAUCGUAUAUUAAACGGUAAAAUACCAAUAAGUGGUGCUAGAGCUGCAACAACUGAUCUUGAACUUGAAGAUUACGACAAUCUAUUUAAAAAACUUGGUAUUAUUACAGGACAACGUGAAUCAAUAAAUGGAACUAAUACAUCUUUGACUUUAUAUCAAAAAUUACUUGAUCAAGCAUGGUAUCAAUUGCCAUAUUCUUUGCAAAGAAUGCAUAGCUAUACAACUAAUACUAAAGUUGCAGGACUUGCUAAAGUUGAACGUGGUACUAGUAUUACAUCAAAAUUAAUUGCUAUGUUAUUUCGAUUUCCUCAAGCUGAACAAGAAAUACCUGUUCAAGUCGUAUUUCAUCCUAAUAUUAAAGGAGAAUUAUGGACUCGAACAUUUGCUGGAAGAUCAUUUUCAAGUUGGCAAAUGGAAGGUCAUAGUCGAUCAGAUAAAUUAUUAAAUGAACGAUUCGGUCCAUUUACUUUUGGUUUAGCAUUAGUAAUUAAUUCAGAAAAAUUAUAUUUAAUCGUUCGAAAUUGGAGUUUUCUUGGUAUUCCAUUACCCAGUUUCUUAGCACCAAAUGGAAUUUCAUAUGAAUAUGAUAAUAAUGGUCAAUUCUGUUUUAAUGUUGAGAUUAAACACAGAUUCACAGGAUUAAUUGUACGAUAUAGUGGUUGGUUAGAAAAAGCAUAA